AUGGCUUCUUCCUUGGAAUCACUCUCACCCGAAUUGCUACUAAGUAUCCUGCAGUCGCUUUCAUCUGCCAAAGACCUUCUGUCAGCCAUCACAGCCUCACCGCGCCUGUAUCGAAUAUUCCGCACAUACCGAAACUCCAUCACAGCGGCAGUGUUACGGCGCGCUGUCCUGGGAACCGAGUCAGACUUCCUCGCAGCAUAUCACGCCCAGCACAUCUGGGCGUUUGUGCCAGAGCACAAUGAUGACACACGCCUUUACAACCGUGUACCCAUACCUCAAAGCGUCAAAGAACAGCUAAGAGAGGAGACCGUCUCUCUGCGAGAACUUAGCAAGUCUGACCUGCGAGAAGAGUGGCGGACUAUCACGCCUGACUCCAAGAUUCUCCCGAGACUCUGGAAGUUCUACGUCCGAUUCGAACACUUUGUGCGCUUGUAUAGCUCAAACGCACUAGCGGCUCUCCAGCAACCUACAAUCAACGCAGGGGCUACAAUAUCCGAUGCGCCACCUCUCUCAUCGGCUGAGGAAAGUCGUCUCAGAGCAGCAUUUUUUCGUUUUGAAAUUUAUACAUGCCUGUUCCAAGUCUCUCAGAUCACUGGGCAAGACAUAUCACAGUAUUACGAACCACCUGACGAUGACCCGGCACCAGAUUACCUUGGGGCUCAUUAUUCCUGGGAGGUAGAACAACUGAGUUGCGUCGGGCAAUUCUACGUCGAGCUGAUCAGAAAGCUCUGCGAUGCAAUGGAGGAUGACUUCGUCGCAGCCGUCAAGGAGAAGAGCACAGCACACUCAAACUCAUCCCCGCACAAGGAAGCGCUUACGCAAGAACUGAACAACCUAAGCCUCUGGCUAGACUACUUCUGCCUCCACUGGUACGAGGAGUCGCAUAAACUCCGCGAUCGCGCAAGGCACAUCGACUACCUCGUUUCCCGAGGCCUCGGCGCACUCUGGAAACUCACCGGCGCGCCCCUGAAAACAGUCCGCAGGAGAGUCGUGCGCACGCACUUCAUGUCCCGAAAUAAGUGCUCCAUCAUGCAAGUGCUUCGAUGGACGACGCCGCGUGCUGGCGCAGAUGAGCACGAUCUGGCGCUUGAGAAGCACGCUUGUGCCUCCUCUACUUCUACCCCCUGUUACGGCUGGCUAUGCGCGCGCGAGACAAUGGAUUCAUGGACGUCAAAUGCGCCGUGUAACUAUGACUUGCGAAGCCAGGGGUACGUCUUCUGGGAUCGGGCGCGGAUCCAAGACCUGCAGCAAUUCAGGCAUCCUCGGGCGCGGGUUGAGGGCAUGGCUUUUAAACAGUAUCCCGCUGGAUAUCGGUCGCAUUCAGAAGAAUAUAGGAUUGAUGUCGAACUUGAGGGUGUUGCUAUUCGCAAGGAUGCCAUUGGUGAGAUUGCGGACGAGAUUAAUGAGAGGAGCUCGGCUGUUGAUGGCGAUGCUAGUGAUAGUGAUGAGGAAGAGGAAGAUACCCCCUACGUUAUAUCAUGGCGAGACGACCUUUAG